AUGAACUACACGGCGGCGCCUCCCGCAGCUCCCUCAUUCGCCCCGCAGGCACCUCAGUAUCGACCUCAAGCCCCUGCCCAAUCAAUCUACUAUUCCGCACUGCCGCCUCCACCCAUACCUGCGGUGUCGUCGCCCGUCGUCCAUCAUUAUGCCCCUGCUCCAUCCCAAGCCCCUCAAUAUCAACCUCCGGCUCCUAGGACUACUCAGCCGGCACAACGGGCCCCGCCCCCGCAAAGUCAACAGGGCGGCACACCACAACCGCGACCCCGCCGACAAUACCCGGCCCUACCGGUCCCGCUUUCCCACAUCUAUCGGCAAGUUCGCGAUAAGAUCGGGACAAUAGCGCCCGGCCCAAGCUUCGAUCCCACCAUCCAAGAUCAAAGCAAGCAGUGCGAAUACCAUCGGGGUGCACCAGGGCACACCCUGGACACUUGUUGGAGAUUGAGGGAGAGGGUUCAGGAAAUGAUCGAUGCGAAGGAGCUCGUAUUCAAUGCUGUAAGGCCUCCGAACGUACAGGCCAAUCCUCUUCCUGACCAUGGGCCGGCUCCGGGGCCUUCCAUCAACAUGAUCACCGUGUGCACGUCAAGCGAGGACGAAGGCAAACAAGAUGGGUUCUCUCCCGUUGUGAUUGAAUACGUACCGACGGAAGUCGCAGUCGGGUUCACCGGGGUAGACGUGCCUCAUGCCCCGCUUGUCAUAGACGUCCCCGCCCGGGAGCCAUACUCGAACGAUAGGGUCCCCUGGACCUAUGAGGGAAGUGUCGGGAGGCUAGAGCAACAAUUCGGUGUCAUGGGCAUAACCCGCUCAGGGCGGCUAUAUGAGAACCCGGCGACCACCGACAAAAGGAAGGCACCCGCUGUCGAAGAAGAGAGGAGGCCUAGCACCCUGCCUGCUUCGUCCAAGAAGGUGACAGAAGAGGAGGCCGAAGCCUUCAUGAAGGUCAUCAAGGUCGACUAUCGGGACCUCAAUAAGGCCAGCCCCAAGGACAACUUUCCCUUGCCCCACAUCGACAUACUAGUUGACAACACGGCGCGCCACUCUCGGUUUUCUUUCAUGGACGGCUUCUCCGGAUACAAUCAAAUUCGGAUGGCCGAGGAAGACAAGAUCAAGACGACAUUCACUACCAUGUGGGGAACCUUCUGUUAUCGCGUCAUGCCUUUCGGUCUCAAGAACGCCGGGGCAACUUAUCAGAGGGCUAUGGUCACAUUGUUCCACGACAUGAUGCAUAAGGAAGUCGAGGUCUAUGUUGACGACAUGAUUGCCAAGUCCAAAGAAGGAGAGGACCACCUCGUUAAUCUGAAGCGUCUCUUCGACCGCUUAAAAGAGUACAAGCUUCGGCUCAAUCCGGCGAAAUGCACGUUCGGCGCUCGAUCGGGAAAAUUACUAGGAUUCGUGGUCAGCGAGCGCGGCAUCGAAGUAGAUCCCGAUAAAGUCAAGGCGAUCAAGGAGCUUCCUCCGCCAUCUUCGGUCCGCGAAGUACGAGGCUUCUUGGGCCGGCUGAAUUACAUCGCACGAUUCAUUGCAAACCUAACAGACAAAUGCCAACCACUCUUUCGCUUGCUCCGCAAGAACGCGGCGAUUGAAUGGGACGAAGAAUGUCAGAAGGCCUUUGACACCAUCAAGGCGUAUUUGGUCCGACCACCGGUAUUGGUCCCGCCUACACCGGGUCGUCCCCUCGUACUUUAUCUAACGGUACGCCGCCAAUCAUUAGGAUGCAUGUUGGGACAGGAGGAGGAGUCCACGCACACGGAACGCGCGAUCUACUAUCUGAGCAAAAAGUUCACCGAUGGAGAGUCAAAUUAUUCGGAAAUCGAGAAGAUGUGCUGUGCAUUGGUGUGGGUCAUGCAAAGGCUUCGACAAUACACGCUUUAUCACACGGUCCGCUUGCUGUCAAAGGCAGACCCCUUGAAGUACUUACUUGAUAGUCCCUCCUCCACGCGGAACCUCGCCAAGUGGCGUUGUCAAUUAACGGAGUAUGAUAUUGAAUACGUGUCCCGCACUUCGGUCAAGGGGCAAGCGAUUGCGGAUCAUUUGGCAGAAUUCCCAAUUGAAGACCACACACCAAUUAAUCCCGACUUCCCGGAUGAGGGAAUCCUCCGAGUAGACGACGAGGGAGAGGAGCCGGGAUGGAAGAUGUAUUUCGACGGUGCUGUCAAUUCCACGGGAUCAGGCAUCGGCGCGGUACUGAUAUCCCCGGACGGGCGCUAUUACCCGGUAGCGGCAAAGAUCGACUUUCCCUGCACCAAUAAUGUGGCUGAGUACGAGGCAUGUAUUCUCGGCCUCCAAGCGGCGAUUGAUUUCAAAGUAAAAGAGCUCGAAGUGUUCGGUGACUCCAUGCUCACUAUCUUCCAGACAUUGGGGCAAUGGAAGACAAAGGACGCAAAACUGGUGCCGUACCACGAGUACCUCGAGAAGUUAACCGAGAACUUCGAGGACAUCUCGUUCACCUACACUCCGCGCAUGACAAAUCAAUUCGCGGACGCGCUUGCAACGCUCGCCUCUAUGGUGAGCAUCACGAAGGAGAACCUUAUCGAGCCCCUCGAGAUUGAGAUAGCCGAAGGACCGGCGCACUGCAAUUCAAUCGAAGCAUCCGAGGCGAAGCCGUGGUACGAAGACAUCAAGAACCUUCUGCGAACCGGCCAAUACCCCCCAUUUGCCGACCGCCGCGACCGGAAGACUCUCAGACGCCUCACGAUACACUACUUCUUGAGUGACGAGAUACUCUACCGCCGCUCCUUCGACUCCACACUCCUCCGGUGCAUCGACGAACACGAAUCGCGGCGUCUCAUGGAGGAGGUGCACGGGGGAAACUGUGGACCCCAUAUGAACGGCCUCAUGCUCGCUAAGAAGAUCAUGCGCCUGGGUUAUUAUUGGUCCACCAUGGAGACUGAUUGUGUGAAGCAUGUCAGGCAUUGCCACCGAUGUCAGGUCUACGCCGAUCAAAUCAAAGCGCCGCCCAACGAAUUGCGCCCCAUGACGGCACCAUGGCCUUUUUCAAUGUGGGGAAUGGAUGUGAUCGGCCCGAUCAACCCCAAAGCGUCCAACGGUCACAUGUUCAUUUUGGUGGCAAUUGACUACUUUACCAAGUGGAUCGAAACCGUCACUCUUGCGUCAGUCACCGCAAAGGCCGUGGCCCGUUUUCUCAGACGCGACGUCAUUGCCCGAUACGGGGUCCCUUCGACAAUCAUCACAGACAACGCCAAGAACCUGAACAACAAGGUCAUCGACGAGCUUUGUGCACAAUUCAAAAUCCGACACCGCAAUUCCACCCCGUACCGUCCCCAAAUGAACGGUGCGGUGGAAGCAGCGAAUAAGAACAUCAAAAAGAUCAUCGAAAAAAUGACGGUGAACUAUAAGGAUUGGCACGAGAUGCUCCCCUAUGCACUCUUGGCGUAUCGUACGUCCAUACGGACCUCAACCGGGGCGACCCCGUACUCGCUAGUCUAUGGCACGGAGGCCGUCCUCCCAAUCGAAGUAGAGAUCCCUUCCUUGAGGAUUCUUGCCGAGGCCGAGCUUGAAGAAGCGGAAUGGGCAAAGCAGCGGUACGAACAGUUAAAUUUCAUUGAUGAGAAGAGGCUGAAAGCGCUAUGCCACGGACAGUGCUAUCAACAAAGAAUGGCUCGAGCCUUCAACGCAAGAGUCCGCCACCGCGAUUUCAACCCCGGCGACCUCGUUUUAAGGAAAGUCCUACACGUCACGCCGGACUCUCAAGGGAAGUUCUCGUACAAAUACGAUGGCCCCUUUGUCAUCAAAGAGGUUUUCUCCGGAGGAGCGGUCAUCUUGAGCGACAUGGACGGCACUGAAAAUGCCCUUCCCGUCAACGCUGACGCCAUUAAGAAGUAUUACCCGUGA